UGCAAUGGAUGGAUGCUUUUUUUACAAAAUAUUUGUCUUAGUGUAAACAAAAUGUUUCCCUCUUGGCACAUUUUACGCAUCGAUAUACUCCGCGCUGUUGCGGGAGGUUGCUGAAUCUUAAUAAAUGCUCCGGGAAUAACGGGUUUUUCAGUUAUAAUUUGAAGAUUAACGCUAGCUGAAGCUGUUUGAAGUGGCUACACUCACAGCUAGCUCCUCUCAUUUGCUGUCUAUCAUCGCAUUCUUGUGUCUCCUGCCUCGGGAAUGUUCUCCAAAAAACCUCAUGGGGACGUCAAAAAGUCAACACAGAAAGUGUUGGACCCAAAGAAGGACGUGUUGACUAGACUCAAGCAUCUCAGAAUAGUCAUAGAAAAUGCAGAGCCCUCAGAGCUGAAGCAGUUCUUCGACCUGAACUACUCUCACAUCUACUAUGUCUUCUUCGAGAACUUUGUCACCAUCGAGGUCAGCCUCAAGCAAAAAGGUCACAAGUCUCAAAGGGAGGAGCUGGACUCAAUCCUCUUCAUCUUUGAGAAAAUCCUCCAGCUCCUACCAGAGAGAAUUCAGAGGCGAUGGCAGUUCCACAGCAUCGGGCUGAUCCUCAAGAAGCUGUUGCACACUGGGAACUCUCUAAAGAUCCGCCGUGAAGGUGUGCGCUUGUUCCUGCUGUGGAUGCAGGCACUACAGACGAACGCAGAGCGCGAGCAGCUCUGCAUGUUUGCCUGUUUGAUUCCCGGCUUCCCGGCUCCACUCUGCCACGGCACCCCACGCACCUUGGACACGCUGAUCAAUCCGUCGCUGAGCUUAACAGAGACUCAGGUGACCCCAGAAGAGAUCACUCCACUGGUUCCUCCCCAGUCAGGUGACAAGAACCAGGAAGACCUCACUGCUUAUUUUCUAGAAGCGCUACUGAAAUACAUGGCCAAGUCUCUGGAGUGGCGUUGUAAAGACAACCACGAGCGCGGUUUCAGCUUCCUGUUUGGUCACUUCAGGAAGUUUUACCUUUCUCUCAUCUUUCCCAACUUCGCUAUGGAAACCAGCCUCUACAGCCCCAUCCUGGAUGUGCCUCCGAUGCGGUCAAAGCCCUACUACAGCGUGGUGCGCAGGGAGCAGGACGGUGGUGAAACCAUCUACUGCACCAAGGAGAGUUUCCUUCAGGCUCGAGUCAUCUUCAUCCGCUGGCUGGUUUCUUUCUGGCUGGAGCCACGACCCAACACGCACACGCACAUCCCAGGAACAGAGGGAGAGAAUGUCCCCAAGAACAUACAGCGAGCAGCAGCCGGACUGGCCGCUCGCUCUGGAGGCAGCUCAGAAGACAGCGGUGUGGGAGGCAUCCGAUCUGACAACCACCUGGAAAUUAGCGGGGUCUCGUUAGGACCAGGAGGAGGCAGCAUGGGGAUCUGCGGGGGUCCGGGGACUGGGGGUGAACCUGAACAGAGUCACUCCAACACGUCUACGUUGACAGAGAGAGAGCCCAGCUCCUCCUCACUCUGCUCCAUGGACGAAGAGCAGCUAACGGACAUGGAGGUGGUGAGGAGAGUCCUGACCUGCUCCAGAACCAACGUCAACUUCAUCACUGAGAUCUUUAGACAGGCCUUCCUCCUUCCCAUGUGCGAAGCUGCAGCAAUGCGAAAAGUGGUCCGUGUUUACCAAGAGUGGAUCUCCAUGGAGGACAAGCCAGUGUUUAUGAAAGAGCCAGAGGAGGGACCCUACCCCAUAGCCACUGCCAACAGUAUGGAUACAGGCUCUCGGCUCGGAGACAAGGACGAUGAUGUGAGGAGUCACCUGAAAUCAGACAUAUAAUCAUCUGCUAUAUUUUAAAGUACAGGUUGGUCGUGGGAACAGGUCUAAACUGUGUGUUUAUUUUCCUCUCAGGGAACAAACAAAGCGAUUGACAGUGAACUGUUGGAGUACAGUGUUCAUGCUGGAGUUCAGACUACACUACAGGUCUUUAUCACCCACUCCUCCAACGUUUUCUUACUGGAGCCGGCCAACGACAUCAAGAUCCUUUUAGAGGAGCACGUUGACAUGUGCAAGAGAGUCUUAAACAUCUACCGCAGCCUCGUCAUGCAUGAGACAAUGGACCAGAAAACAUGGGAACAGAUCUUACUGGUUCUGCUGAGGGUGACAGAAUCUGUGAUGAAAAGACCUCCAUCCAUCAUGCCCCCGGGCAAGAAGAACUUCACACUGUCAGGCAGAUUGGCUGGACCUAUCUUUCAGACACUGAUAGUAGCCUGGAUUAAGGGGAACCUGAACGUCUACAUCAGCAGAGAACUGUGGGACGACCUCCUCUGCGUCCUCUCCUCCCUCACCUGCUGGGAGGAGCUGGUGACGGAGUGGUCGCUAACCAUGGAGACCCUCACUAAGGUGUUGGCCAGGAACCUGUACAGUGUUGAUCUGAACGAGCUGCCUCUGGACAAACUCAGUGAACAAAAACAGAAGAAGCAUAAAGGAAAAGGUAUAGGUUCUGAGGGCCAGCGGCAGAUUGUGGAUCGCUCCUUCUCUAAAGGUUGGAGCAGAGACCAACCAGGCCAGGCGGCAGCCAUGAGGCAACGGAGCGCCACCACCGCCGGCUCACCAGGCAUCGAAAAGGCCAGGAGUAUCGUCCGCCAGAAGACUGUAGACCUCGAGGACCCGCCGAUCACGCUGACGUCCCGCCCGUCUCGGAUGCGCCACUCCUCCCAGAGCGACGAGGCUCCCCCGGCCUCCUGCUCCGAGGUGUUCCAGGCGGCUGGGGCUUGUGACCUGGAUCCCCCGGCCCCUUCCUCCCUUGCGAGGAGCAGCAGCGCCUCCGAUGUCAUGGAGCCUUUCAUCGCAGAGCGGGUCAAAGGUGAAGACCCACAGAGGGAUCCCAGUCUGAUCCCAAACCCCCACCACCACCACCACUCCACAGCCGCUUCUAGCCACACAGCUCAACCACUCCCACACCUCCUCCACUCCUCUUCUCCCACCCCUUUUACCUUCUCCAAUGGUGUUGUUUCCUCUACCUCAGACGGACAAGAUGACGGUAGUGUGUGUGACCAGUUCUGGCAACAGAGCGGCUCUCAAAGCCGAGGUUCUAGUUCCGAUUGGGUAAGCGACUGGGAUUCCGCCUUCAACUUUUCCUCUGAAAAAGAAAUAGAUGUAGAGGAGGGUGAAACGGGGGCUGCGGGAGAGGACGAUCUAUUCUCCUCUAUUCGGGACUAUUUAACCCACAAGGGAGCUGAGAGGAAGGAGGAGGCAGGAGAGAGAGAUAGUCCCGGUCAUGCAUUAGAAAACAAUGCUGCACCUUCCCCUGUACCUGUGCACACCGGGGUGGCUAGAACGCAAGUAGAAAACGCAGGACAGGUAGGAGAGGCAAGAAAGGUGGUGAGAGAGGAGAGGCAGGUUGUAACAGAGGACAGGCAGGUAAGUAAAUCAGUGAGACACAGCAGUGUUGAUUCGAUAGAGGAGAACGACACAGAGCAGCGGAGCAUCUACGAGUGUCUGGAGUUGCAGUGUCAGUGGCCUUCACCCAAUGCUAAGGGGAGCGCUAGUUUAGAGAGACACACCGGGGAGAAGGAGAAAAGGGGAGGAAGUACAGGAAGAGGAGGCGGGUGGGAGGGAAAGUCUGACAUGUGUAGGGAAAGGGGAGAAGAGAAGAAGGAUGUUAAAGAAGCAUCUGCAAGCGAUAGGUUUCAUUUAAUCAGACAGGAUGCUAACGUAACAGAAUCUAGCACUGAACCAAUUCAAACUCCCCAAAUUGUUGACCCAACUAAGCACAAGAUGUCCCGUAUUAACGUCAAGAAGCAUCAUUCCGGGGGUGUCCAUGUCAGCUUUAGGCCAUCCACCGAGUCCGUCCAGUUCCACAACCCCCUCGAGAGCAAAGAGGCCCACUGGAAAGCCAGGCUGCGCCGCCUCAGUCACUUCCACACUCACAGCCACUCAGCCGGCGAGAGGCAGGGGUCCGGAUCUGGGGCGGGUUCAGGGGGCAAGCUGGGAGCAGGGGGUGCAGGUAAGUUCGCCUCUGUGGCAGGUAUUGGCCAUAGAGUAGGGGCGCAUGAGAGAGCAGGCUCUGGGACUGUUACUGACAACAGCGGGGCAGGGGGCGCAGCAGGUGCCGGAGGCCUGGAGAACCGGGCCGGGACCGGAGCUGGAGACAAGGACAAGCAGCAGCAUCAUGGAUCUUGUGCGGGAUCCGGUCUGGGUCCCGAGGCUCACUCAGAGGCUUCGGCAAGCAGUUCAGGGUCUUCUGGAGUGUCCUCAGGGGUGCGUGGCCGCCUGGGGCGCUCCGCCUUACGAUCUAGGGCCUCCCGCUCACGCUCCCAGGAGCCGGGCAGCACCGUGUCACGGCACCACCAGGGGGCUCUUCUCGGUGGCAUGUAUAAGACUGUGGUUCACGCUCUGUCCUCCAAGCCCCGGCCUAGGGGUCAGGGGUCAUCCCAAGGCUCGUCGCCACAGCGGCAAGGCAGGGCUGCCAUGGGCGACGCGUCGCUAAGAGACCUCUACUCCCACGUCCUGGGCUACUUUGGACGAAAGACGACCACGCCAGCCAACAAAGAGGAGGUGGUCCAGAAGGCCCGUCCAGUGUCUAGCGAUGUAGGAAGCAGCAACCCAAACUUCUCUGACCUCAUGGAUGAGUUCAUCCAGGAGAGACUGAGGGCCAAAGGAACAACGGGCCGUCGUGGCAGCAGCCCAGGCAGUCUAGAGGUUCCCAGGGACCUGCCGGAGCUACUUGAGGCUGGUCAGAGUCCUGGAUCACGACCCUCAGAUGACCCUCGGCCUAUUGACGAUCCGGGUGUUCCCUCUGAGUGGACGUCACCCGCUAGUGCCAGCGGAUCCGAUGUCAUCAGCUCUGACAGCCAGUCGGACUCCUUUAACGCCUUUCAAUACUCCACCUGCAAGUUUGAUAAUUUUACUUUCACUUCAGAAGCAUGCCCAGGUGGAGUCGGAUCUGGAGGAGGAGGACGAGGCAGCUCACUGGACCAGGACAGCCUAGGAGGAGGCGUGACCUGUGAAGAACACGAAGUAGAAAGUUUGACGACGCUUCACAUUGACUCAGAGACCAGCAGCCUUAGCCACACUGUCACUGUGACUGGUUCUGAGAGUGCGUCUCCCAUGCAUUCCCUCGGAGGCUCUCGAUCUCAGACGCCGUCCCCUGCCACGCUGACAGCAGAGCACGCCGAUCGCACACACUCCCAAUCGCACACACACCUCCAGCUGGACCAGAAGCUCCACAACUCUGUCUUACAGACCCCAGAUGACCUAGAAACGAGCGAGUUCCCAAGUGAGGACUGCAGUGUGAUGGCAGGUGGCUCGCUAACUGGAUGGCACGCAGAUGUUGCCACGGUAAUGUGGCGGAGGAUGCUAGGUAUCCUGGGGGAUGUCAAUACCAUCAAAGAUCCAGAAAUCCAUGCUCAGGUCUUCGACUACCUUUGCGAACUGUGGCAAAACCUGGCAAAGAUCAGAGAUAAUUUGGGUAUUUCUCAUGACAACCAGUCAUCACCCCCUCCCCCUGUUCUGAUCCCACCCCUGAGGAUCCUCACUCCAUGGCUCUUCAAGGCCACCAUGCUGACAGAGCGUUACAAGCAGGGGAAGCUUCAUGCCUAUAAACUGAUCUGCAGGAUCAUGAAAAGGCGGCAAGAUGUUUCCCCAAACACAGACUUUCUCACACACUUCUACAACAUCAUGCACCAAGGACUGCUGCACCAAGACCAGGACAUUGUGAACACCAUCAUCAAGCACUGCAGUCCUAGGUUCUUCAGUAUCGGUCUACCUGGAGCCACCAUGUUGAUUCUGGACUUCAUAAUUGCAGCUUCUAGAGUCACUGCCUGCUCAUCACUAAAUGCCCCGAGAGUGGAGGCCCAGAUCCUGCUUGGGUCUCUGGUGUGUUUUCCCAACUUGUAUGGGGAACUCCCGGCCCUCCAUCCCACCACAGCUGACGUGGUGCUCACCAAGUUCCCUGAUGUCAAGGAGCACAUUAUCAAAACCAUCCUGACCUCUGCGCGGGACGAACCCUCCGCGCCUGCUAGGUGUGUGGCUCUGUGCAGUCUGGGGAUCUGGCUGUGUGAGGAGUUGUCUCAUGGGACUCAACAUCCACAGAUUAAGGAUGCUCUCAAUGUCAUCUGUGUCACUCUGAAGUAUCCCAAUAAGAAUGUAGCACUGGUGGCGUCGGACAUCCUUCACCUUCUCAUCAGUCAUGUGGAUCAUCUUCUCAAAUUCCCUCCCGACACUCCAAAGAAGAUCGUUGAGAUUUUGAUUGCCACCAUCACGUACCUGCUGCCUACUACUGAGUCCUCUCCUCAUGAGCUGGAUAAGAGGCUGGUAGUGUCCCUCCUGUUGUGUCUGCUGGACUGGGUGAUGGCUCUGCCUCCAAAGACUCUCCUUCAGCCUGUUCAAACACAAAGCCCCUUAGACAGGGAGCAGCCCACCAAGACCCUGCUCAGCUGUAUUUAUAAGGUGUUGCACGGGUGUGUGUACGGAGCUCAGUCUAUCUCCAGCGCCAAGUAUAAUCCGCUGCAGCUGUCAGACCUGCUCAGUCCAGACUACGACCCCUUCCUGCCAUUAGAGAGCCUCAGAGAACCAGAACCGCUGCACAGCCCGGACUCUGAACGCUCCAGCAAGCUACAGCCAGUCACUGAAGUUCGUAGCCGUAUUCAGCAGGGCCUGGUUUCCAUAGCAGCCAGGACCGUUAUCACCCACCUGGUCAACCAUCUAGGGCAUUACCCCAUGUCUGGAGGGCCUGCUACUCUAUCUAGCCAGGUGUGUGAGAACCAAGACAACCCGUACUGUGAGAGUGCAGAUCUGGGACCAGAACUGUUCCACUCACCAAACCUACAGUUCCUGGUUCUGAACGGCUCCACGCUGCUUUCAGUGCUUCAGAUCCGGUCAGAGUCUGGUGUACCGGGAGGCGGAAUGACAGCCGGUUUGUCCUCCGCUCCCGCCUGCGUUCGCGUCAUCAUCCGAGACGUAGCCGGAAAGCACUCCUGGGACUCCGCCGUCCUUUACGGGCCCCCACCGUGCACCCCGAGCAGCCCGGCACACACCCUCCUCACACAAACACAAUCUCCUCACAGUGCGAAUCUCCACUUACGCACCCCGCCAGGUGGUCCGAUGAAAAAGACGGAAGCUGAGAGAGGAGAGGUAGAGGAAGACGGGCAGGAGGAAAGAGAGUCUGAGGAGGGAGGACGAGGGACGGAGGGCGAAGGGCAAGAGUUGGAGGGAGAGGGAGAGGAGGAAGGAGAGGAGAGGAAAGUCGCUGAGAAGGAAAGAGGGGGACAAGAGGAAGAGGAGGAGCAGGAGGAGGGGAACACGGAGCACAGAAUGGAUGCGGAGGGGGAUAGAGGAGAGCUGUGCUCGGAACAGCUUCUGGCGCCGCCAUUGGCUAAGCGUGUGUGUCGGGAGGCGGUGCCGGCGUGGGAUUCGCUUAGGGAAGGAGAUGACGCACUGGAUGAAAUGCUGCAGUAUCUGGGAUACUCCAGUCCAGAAUGUCUUCAGAGGGCAGGCAUGCCGCUCAACAUCCCGGCCCCUCCUCCAGCCUGUGUUUCAGAAAAGCAGGAGAACGACGUGAUCAACGCCAUCCUGAAGCAGAGCGCUGCCGAGCGAGAGUUCGUCCUUCAUAGAGGUGAGGAUUUGAACAUGAGAGCAGUGCAGCAACCUGAACCAGAGACCCAGACACCACAGUCCGCCUUCUACUACUGCAGACUAUUGAUCAACAUACUGGGACUCAACUCCUGGGAGAAGAGGACUAACUUUCAUUUGUUGAGGAAAAACGAGAAGUUGCUGAGAGAGCUGAAGAACCUGGACUCACGGCAGUGCCGUGAGACUCAUAAAAUAGCAGUAUUUUAUGUGGCUGAGGGCCAAGAGGACAAACACUCCAUCCUAACCAACACAGCGGGCAGCCAGGCCUAUGAAGACUUUGUGUCUGGACUGGGCUGGGAGGUGGACCUCACCACUCACUGCGGCUUCAUGGGAGGUCUCCAGAGGAAUCGCAGCACAGGCCAGACCACGCCUUAUUACGCCACCUCCACCACCGAGGUCAUCUACCACGUGUCCACCCGCAUGCCCCACGACCAAGACCACAACCUCACCAAGAAGCUGAGACACUUAGGUAAUGACGAGGUCCACAUCGUUUGGUCGGAACAUUCCAGAGACUACCGUCGAGGGAUCAUCCCCACUGAGUUUGGAGACGUGCUCAUCGUCAUCUACCCCAUGAAGAACCACAUGUACUCCAUCCAUAUCCUUAAAAAACCUGAGGUGCCAUUCUUUGGUCCGCUGUUUGACGGUGCUAUAGUGGACAUGAAGAUUUUGCCCACCAUGGUCAGAGCCACAGCCAUCAAUGCCAGUCGAGCUCUCAAAUCACUCAUUCCUCUAUACCAGAACUUCUACGAGGAACGCUCCCGAUACCUAGAAACCAUCGUGCAGCAUCACCAGGAGCCGACCACGUUCGAGGAUUACGCAGCUCGCGUCUACAGUCCCGCUCCCUGCACACACCUUCCUUCUGACACAGCAGCCUAUGCAGUGCAGUAUUAGUUUCAUCUACGUUUCAUCAGGUUAUUUUACAAGACAAAAGGAGAGACCCACGUGGACCAAUCAGGUCAUGCUACAGACUGAUUGGCUGUCAGUCUACAGGAGCUCACACAAGUUCCACUCCUUCAUCCUAAUCUGUGCCAUGUUAGAAAAUGCACAAACUCUAGUUUAGUGUAAUGUAACCAGGACUACCAAAAAAAGAAAAAAAAGAAAAACUGAAGUGUGCCACAUUGUACCUCGCUCUAUUUUUCAGCUCGACUACCUGUUAGAGAGCCGGGGAGAACAAAUCUUGUGCGUGACGUCAUGCUCUUAAUUGAAGUUAGAGGAAAUCUGUAUAUUUGUACUAUAGUCAGCCUGCGUGUGUACAGACAGAAAGCUGAGUUUUGAUAUUAAAAAGUUUUCAGAGUGACGGCACUUGUAGAACGUUGCAUGAAAAAGCAGGAUAGUAAAUAAAAAAGGUCUAUUUUUGUUGUCGGAGCAGCAUUAAGCCCAUAAAGACAGAACCGAUGAGGGUAGGGGGGUCGCUUUCUACUCAGUCCUCAUGAAAAUGUAAAUAAAAACUCACUCAUUUGCUACCAAUAAAAUAAAAUAAAACAAGUUCCUUCGCUUUAACGCCAAAAAUAUUCAUGUUUGAAUCCAGAAGAAAUCCCCCCCCCCCCCCCCCCCCCCUCCCAGACUGAACAUGAGCACACCCACCCCUCCCUCUCUCUCUCUCUGAGCGAGCAGUGUUAUAUAGUGAUGAUGGAGGGAUUAUUUGUCUUUCAUUCAUGAGAGGAAAGAUGAACACAUCAAACAGAUAAAAAGAGCGAGCACUUGUUACAUAAAGUUUAGUUAAGAUGUUUGGGGUUUUUUUGCUCAUGCUGUAAAAUGUGGACAAGCACUGAUGUUCAAUACUUUUUUUUUCUUCAGUCUGUUGAAAUUUGUUGUUAUUCUGUUGUUGUUUUUUGUUGUUUUUUUAUCAACUGUUUUCACUCGAACAAGAAUGUUGCUGUCACUCUUGUCAUCCGAUGGAACAGAACCACAGCUUUUCUUUCGUUGUUCGUCUGAGUAUAUAUAAAUAUAUAUAUUCUGUAUAUCUAUAUAUGUAUGAGUCUAAAUAUAAAUAUAUAUAUAUAUAUAGUAGAUAUAAGAAUAUCUAUAAGAAUGUGUACAGUGUGAGAAGGCUUGUUGUGUAUAUACUGUUAUGUGAGAAAUAGCUGCCAAAGCCAAACAAAUGGGGUUGACACUACAAGAUUUCAUGCUUUCAACACUUCCUCUUUUAUAACCAGUUUGCACUUCAUUCUGUAGGAGUUUCAUCCUGUUUUUAUUUCAAAUACAGCCGACAUGUGUAACCUUGAUGCCACAGCCAGACUCUGGAAGAACAGAGGAACCAUUAGGGAUCGUCCAUGAUCUUGUAAAUUUGUUUCUGGGACAUCCACGUUUGUUGUAAAAUGUCACCUUUGUUUGUUUUUUUCCUCCAAAUAUGAAUUACUGUAAAAUAGGAGACACGAUGGGCCUGGUGUGUGAGGCAUAACUUAACAUCACUAUAGCUCCGUAUGUAGAGUGGUGGGGAUAUUUAAUACCAAUAAGAGAAGUUUUAGUCCAUCAUUUUCAGUGUUUGUUUUACUUGUUAAAUAAGGUCUAGUAUCUCUCUGUUCGAGGCGGUUUUAGUGGUAAAAAAAAAAAAAAGGAAAAUCAAAGCAUACAAAAGAAAGAUAGUGUGUAUCCAAGGCCAAAGAUGGGGGGGAAUUACAGAUGGCAACUUGUAUAAAUGCUUUUCUUUUCCAUUGUUUUCUAUUCCAGCUCUUGUAUUUAGAUUCAUCCCCAGCUCCAGCUCUGGAUGGAGGGGAUCUGCAUGUAAUCGCACUCAAGAAAAUCUAACACUACCAUUUUUGUGUAUUUAACAUCCUCAUUCGAGCACUCCAUCAAUCAGACUCAACAAAAACAUUCAAAUUUGUUUGUAUGGUUGAAAUACUUGAGGUGCGCUUGAUUUGUAGCACCUCGCUGGCCUCAAGCACUCAUUUCAAAACUUAAUCAUUAUUAUUUUCGUUUAAUAAUCAUGGCUGUGGUUUUCCAAGGGUUUGUCAGGACUCAACGUUCAUCCAUGUGAUCCCUUAUAAAAGAAAACCUACAUACUGUAUAUGAAUGAUCUGUAUGUGACAGUAUAGAUAUCAUGUAUUAUAAAGGUUUUGCAUAAUGCUUCACUGCUUAAUCUAAGUGUGUUACACGGCUGUUUCUUCAGUUUCACUUUUUUUUCCACUCGUAUAUCCUCCAUAGAGAGGAAAGGGAUUGUAAAACAUUGUUACAUUUUAAAAACGGCAUCGUAAAAUGAGUCUUCCCUUUAAGUUAUUGUUGCUGAUGUGCUUUUUAGUAUUAAAAACCAAGUGAGUGGACUCUUGAGGUUGAAGCACCUGCUGCUAAGUGGUCGAGACACGUGGUUUAGUAGCUCCAGUGCACCCUAGGACUGGUCUGUACAUGUUGUAUAUAGACUACUGCUCAUCUGCCAGUCGCCCACCAUGCCCCAAACUCACUCCUAUCAUGUUAACACCCUGUUUACACUCUUCCAACCUAAAAUUCACAUCAUCUUUGGGUUAAAACACCAAUGACUCCACAUGAUGGCUCUAGUCAUAAUGCUGCUUUCAUGUCCCAUGGGAAAAAAUUGGUAAAUUUCAUACUUCAAUGUUGUUUUACAGAUAGCAAAUAGACUCAAAAUGAUCUGCUUACUCAACAGGACUGAACUCGGAUGUAAGACUGUAAAGCGGUGUAUUUUGAAUUUAAAAACUCUCUUUAGCAGCAACCAAAAUCUAUAGAAAUCCCUAAGUGACUCAAAGCCUUUAAACAGUAUUAUAAAAAUCAACUACACCGAGUCACUGUAUUUGGAUAGUGUUAUUUUCCUGCCUCUUUAGCCCAGAUCUGAUUUUUUUUCUUCCCCUAAAUUCUCCCUGUUUGAGCAGCCAUAACAGCCGCAGAAAUUGCCCUUAUUGAUACUGUGCCUGUGUAGAUGGAUGUGAGGCCAGUGAUGGAUACGGGUUCAGCUGUUGUCCAGACGUCAGUGUGGGACAAGGCUGAUGUAUGUAACUACUGACUAUACAUACUGCAUGACGCCAGUUCAGUACUAACUGCAUGUGUUGACCGUGUUAACAGCUGUAUCACAACACGCGCACACAAACACACACUCUCCGCAACCUAUUUUACUGUCAAAGCUGUAGUAUGUAAACAUGUGUAACAUCUGUUUCACACACAGACUGCAAGGAUGAUUGAAUCUGACAAUAAACGAUUCGUACCACA